GGCAGCUGUUCUCUGUUUAUUGCCUGGGCAGCGCUGAGCGAAUGGCGAGUAUGGAUGGUCCGCGCGAUAUUCAAAACUUCCGCAGGAACGAACGGGCCAGGGCUACUGUAUCGUCCUGCUCUUCCCUCGGUAUGGAGAUAAAAAGAAAGAAGAUCCGACAGAGCACAGUACUUCUACCAAAUGAGGAUAGCAGUAUUCAGGAGAAGAUAGACUUCGAAGUCCGCAUGCGAGAGGGAGCGUACAAGCUACUGGUGGCCAGCACCAAACGAGACCAAAUCCUGAACGCCUCAAAAAGCCUCCUGACCUGCAACACCCGCAUCAAGGCCUACAUGACCGAGCUGCAGAAGAGGAAGGAGCAUCUGGAUGCAAAGGCAGCCGGUCACAGGAGGUGGUCAGAUCCAGUUUCUGAGGACCGAGUGCCAUGCAGGGGGAAAGUUGCCCUUUCAGGGCUGAGAAUACCAUUGAUGUGGAAAGACUCUGACCACUUCAGCAACAAAGGAAGCUCCAGACGAGUGGCUGUGUUUUGCCUGAUGAAAAUUGGAGCAGAAGUUUUUGACACAGAAAUGGUGGUGGUGGAUAAAUCUGCAACAGAUAUUUGCUUUGAGGGCUUAACGAUAUUCUCCGACGCUCGGCCGCAGUUCGAGCUCACGCUGGAGCUGUACAGCUGCGCCGUGGAGGACGACGCGUCAUUGGUCAACACGCCAAAGAAGCUGGCCAAGAAGCUGCGGAAUUCCCUGGGCAAGGCCUCCGGGAGAAAACUCUGCCCCCUGCUGGAGGCAGGAGACCCGGAGUCUUUCCUGCAGUCCCAUCCCAUAUCCCCCGCGGCGAGGUACAGCCUGCUGGCGUACACCACGCUCUGCCUGGCCCAGGCGGAGGGAACAUUCCAGUCCCACUCGCUCAUGGUCGCACAGAACGCCGAGUGUUCCUCUUGGCUGCCCCUGUACGGAAGCCUCUGUUGCCGCUUGGUGGCCCAGCCAGACUGCAUGACCCAGGAAAUGAUGAGCGGCUUCCUCAACCAGCAGCAGAACGUUGGGGGCGUGAUGAGGUGCUGCUCGCUGUACUGCGUCCUGAGAGCCGGGUGCCUGGCCUGCUACUACUCCCCAGAGGAAAUACAGGCCAAAAUGGAGCCCGCCCUGACCAUCCCCAUCAACAAGGACACGCGGAUACGCUUGGUGGAUAAGGACCACAGGAAGGGCUCAGACAGCCUGACCAUAAUAAACCCCGCGGGGGCGGGGCCGGCAGGAGAGAGCGGCGUGUUCACAGCCGAGAGUAGGGAGCAGCUGCAGGCCUGGAUGGAGGCUUUCCGGCAGCACCUGUACGACCAAGCUGAAUGGCAGCACUGCUGCAGUGAGCUGAUGAAGAUCGAGGUGCUGUCUCCAAAGAAACCACCGCUCUUCCAGGCCAGGCAUGCCGAUUCGGUCUACAACGAUCUGAGCAUCGGCUCACCGGGGAAAUUUGAAAGCCUCACAGACAUCAUCCACAACAAGAUAGAGGAAACCGGAGGCCGCUUCCUCAUUGGGCAGGAGGAGGAAACGGAGGCCCCCGAUUGGUCGGCUCUGUUCGGGGGGUCCCGCCCUCUGGUGGUGCAGAAGAGCGUGCUCUCCCCCAGCCCCAACCGCGGCGGCACCAAAAAGAGACGUGCCCCACCCCCGCCGCCCGAUAAGCAGCCUUACUCCCCCGCCCCCAACAGCGGCCCGCUCAAUAGUGCCCCCUAUGCUCCGAAAUUAACCAGCGCCCCCUAUGCCCCGAACAUACCCAGCACCCCUUACACCUCGAGCAUAACCAGCGCCCCCUAUGCCCCAAACAUACCCAGCGCCCCUUACACCUCGAGCAUAACCAGCGCCCCCUAUGCCCCACUGAACAGCGCCCCCUACGCCUCAAGUAUAAGCAACGCCCCCCACACCCUGCUCAACAGCGCCCCCUAUGCCCCGAACAUAGCCGGCGCCCUCCAGCAGGACGAGCAGAAGCCGAGGAAGCACGGCGCGCGCACCGGCAGGCCCUCUCUGGACGCCAAGUUCUCCGCCAUCAUCCAGCAGCUGCAGAAGAACCAGGGCCCCACCCACAAGCCCGCCCCCGUCCGCCCGCAGGGCUCCGAGAACCAGCCGCCGCCCCGCCCCCCAAAGCCGGCCCCCGCCCCCCGCCACGCGCGCAAGUCCUUCCGGGAGAAGAUCAAUCCCAAAGGCUGGUGAAACUAAUCACACUCAACACGGACAGACCACUCGCCACUUGACACCACUUAUGUCAUCCUAUCCAUGCUGCCUUGAACCAGUGAAACUCACAAACUGUUGAUCAACUAAUAAUUGCAUCCACAUGGCUAAAAAACGUUUGGAUUUUAAAAAAUGUUAUGCAUUAUACACUUUAGAAACCGACUGGUAGCCUCAGUAGGCUAUUUAGCAUGUUAGCUUAAGAUUAAGUUGUGUACUACAAUGAACUAACAGAAUUUAACAAACGUAUCGUGAGAAAUUAGUAUAAGCUGUGUUAACGGAGGUACUGUGAAUGUAUAGUUGUCCAUAGCAGGAAGAUGUGCAAUUAAUUUUCCUUCAUUUCAGAUUUUCCUGUGUAGUCUUUUUAUUGUUUGACCAUUGUGUAAACGGUACAUUCCUUGGAUGAGGCGUUUCCUGGCCCUUCCACAUAAAUAGCUCAGUCAUGUC